AAUGACUUUUAUUGACUUUUAAAAUCUUGGUGUAUUCAAUUAAGACUUUUAAAUACUCCUUAAAAGUAAAGAGGUAUUGUAUCAGGAUUUUUAAAAAGUCUUUCAAAGUUUGAGGUAUUGAAUUACAACUUUUAAAGAGUUAUUAAAAGUCAGUUGUUAUUCAAUAUAUCAAUGACUUUGGUGGAAAAAUAUAAUUGAUAGACUUUUAAUGACUUUCUAUUGAAUAUUGCAUAUAUUUUUUCAGAAAAUUGUCAGGCCAUUCUUGAAAAGAUUUGACAUGACUUUAUCUUCCCUCAAUUAACCGGUCGCUCCAACCUAGGGUUCAACCUCUGCGAAAAGUCUCCCCAAUUCAUCCUCUGUGAAAAAGGUUCCUUUUCUUCUCUAUUAUGAUUCUCUAUUAUCAUUAUGUGUUUUUAGAUAUAUAUAGAUCUACUUGCUUCAGCUAAUGUAUACGUUACUUGUUUUUUAUUUCUUCUGCAUACACACAUAUAUGUAUCAAUAUACACAGAAAAAUGGGCGAUGCAUGUCAAGAGAACGACAAUCCGAAAGGAAAAACUGCUGGGUAUAAGACUUGGACAAUUGAGGAAAGUAAUGAGUUAUUGAAUCUCAUGGUUGAUGCCGCAAAACGUGGUUGGCGAGAUAGUAAUGGUUUAUUCACGAAGGUUACCGUGGAGAAAAAGAUUCUUCCUGUUCUGAAUGAAAAGCUUGGUUGUCAAAGAACUCAUCCUCAAUAUGUUAGUCGUUUGAAGUGGUUUAAAGCUAGAUACACCAACUAUUCAAGAUUGAUGCUGUUUAAUUCUGGAUUUGGAUGGGAUCCUAUAACAAAAAAAUUUACUGCUCCAGAUGAAGUUUGGGAGGAGUAUUUUAAGGUACAUCCUACGCACAAAAGUUAUCGUACGGACACUUUUGGAGAUUAUGAUGAUUUAAGAAUUGCAGUGGGAAAUGGAACUGCUAUCGGAAAGAAUGCCAUCGGACUAAGAGAUGAUACUGAUGCAAGAACUUAUGACAAUGAAGCAAGUAAAAAACAUCAACCUUUGGAUGAUUUAGUUUAUGAUUAUAAUACUGAAGCUUAUACACCGGAUGAUUUUGAAGAUCCUUUGACCCAACCUUCUGAAUCUAUUAAUCUUGAUGCUCCUCCCCCUCCAACACUUAAAAAGCGCAACCGGUCUGAGUUCGAGGGAAAUUCUAGUUCUUCUGCCAAUGCUAGUCAGCCAGAUGCUAUAAUGCAAAUUAGUCACUCAGUUGAGAAGAUGGUUGAAGCUGUUAAGUCAUUUAAUAAUGAUGAUUGUAGCUGUUGGGAUCUUAUCAAAGAUUUGCCUGAUUUGGAUCAGCUUACACGUUUCAGGGCGCUUAAAUUACUUAACACUAGAGCAAAGAAGAUGGUGUUCGUGAAGAUGACCCCUGAUGAACGCUAUGCUUGGGUAAUUUUUGAAUUAGAUAUGUGACACUAGAAUUCUGAUGAAAAGCAGAAGGCUUGAUCAUAUCAUUGGUGACCGAGUUCUGAUGCUUCUAGUUUUCUUCCAUGCUUAUUCAAGUACUUUCAAUGUUAAAGUUUUGAGGCUACAAUAAAAUUCAAUGUUUGUUUUGUCGAGAUUUUAUAUUUGGAUCAGUUUUUAAAAUUGUGGUACUUGCUGGCUGCUGGACCUUUGCUUUUAUCA